GCUGCUCUGCCCCAUGCGCACCAUCCAGACGCACUGGUGUGUGACAAGAACAGCUAUGCAGUCAGUAAAGCAGACUUUAUCCACAUCUUGACAGCAUUCUUGGCCAUCUCGAACCCUCUUUCUACAGCUUGCAGAAGCCUCUAGGUUGGGGUAUCUUCAGAGAGGAACCUGAAGAACAUUAUUGUCCAAAAACCCAGCAAAAUCAAGAACGACUGCUUAUCCGUAUCAAGGGAUGUCAAUGGAAACUUCCAAAUGAGAGAUCCUGAGGUGACCGAGAGACACAAAAGGAUACUGAAAGAGAAUGAAGAGUUGGUGAAAAACCAACAGACUUCAUUGACUGUUUAUUGACUUGUUUUAAAGAACGUUUUGAACAGGUUUUCUUGGGUUGAAUAUUUCAGUAAGGAGGAUCUCUUCGUCAGCUUGUUCUUAAGAGAAUACCAACAGGUGAAUUUUGAAGACCUGCAAUCCAAGUAGUCAUCCUGAUUGGAGAACGUUGUUGAACUCACACUAACUUUACUCUAAAUCAAAAAGUUUGAAGGACAAUUAUGGCCAACUCUGGGUUUCAGCUUCUUGGCUACUUUCUCGCUUUGGGUGGAUGGAUUGGAAUCAUCUCCACCACGGUGCUGCCCCAAUGGAAGCAGUCCUCGUACGCAGGGGAUGCCAUUAUCAUGGCCGUGGGGUUAUACGAGGGCCUAUGGAUGUCCUGUGCAUCGCAGAGUACAGGCCAGGUGCAAUGCAAGAUCUUCGACUCCUUGCUCUCACUGGAUGUGCACAUUCAGACAUGUCGAGCUCUGAUGGUGAUCUCGGUGCUGAUGGGGUUCCUCGCAAUUAUUGUGAGUGUCGUCGGAAUGAAAUGCACGAAAGUGGGUGACAACAACCCAUCAACCAAGAGCAAGAUCGCAAUCUCUGGUGGGACACUCUUCCUACUGUCAGGUUUGUGUACGCUGGUGGCUGUGUCUUGGUACGCCACACAGGUGUCCUCCCAUUUCUUCGACCCAAAUACGCCAAUUAAUGCCAGGUAUGAAUUUGGCCCCGCCCUCUUUGUAGGAUGGGCGGCUGCCAUCUUAAUGAUGUUGGGUGGCUCGUUCCUCUGUUGCUCUUGCGUUAACGAGGACAGAAGAGGACAGCAGUUCUACCGGCAAUCUCAGCCCUCUACAGGCAGAGAGGAUGAGUUAUUGAGUGAGACUAGUUUCCCUGACUGACCAACCCUCCCUGCCUUUACUCGUGGACUGUCCAAGCUCCGCUCUCUGUAUCUGUGUCCCUCACUCCCACUUAGAAUCCAAAUUUGGACACUUGUUUCUAUGAUUGGACAAAUGUCCUCUCUACACCCUACAUUCUUAAAACCUGUGUGCCUUUUUUUCAACAUCUGAUCAAUAAACGUGUUUGAAAAAUCGUCACUCCCAUAUCAAUUGUGUGCUUUCCCCCCCCAACACCUACCAAACACCCAACGGUUAACUGUGACCCCAUAAACUUUUUUUGUAAAUAUAUUUUAUUGAAAUAUGUAAGUGACAACACCCUAAAAACAUGGGCUGUUUCAUUGCAAUACAUCUUUUAGAUUAUCAAUGUCGUUAUUGGUGGAUGUCCUUAGGUCAUUACUUGAUACGAUUUUAGGUUUCUUUUUAACUCAACCCUGUUUUGUUUUUCUUUUAAAUUGCAGAGGAAAUGUUAAAAGUUCUCCACCAGACAAAGGGGAGCAGUACUUGUAGUUUGAGAGAGGGCGACUUCGUGGGUCACAAGCUGUUAGACUUUGGCAACAAACAAGACACUGUUUUUUUUUGGGUAAAAAAGCUAAGAACUCCAGUUAAAACUCUAAAGAAAUUAUUUAGUCAAAAAAAGAAAGGCAGUUGACAUGUUUCCCUGUAACACAGACAAUUUUCAGUGAUUCAUGAAGCCAAGCAAUGCAUUCCAAAAUGACUUUGUACUGUAGUAUAACCUUCAUAAAAUAAGUUAAAUGUCCAAAAAUUGAUAAGGUCGAGUGAGCCUCAACAGUAUUGUCAGAGAGUGUUAGACAAAUAUGUCAUUUUUUGUUAAGGUUGGAGUUUGUUAUACUUGCCGAAAAACUAUUAUGAGCAUUGAUUCAGGGUACGUUUUAAUGCAGUUAAUAAUUAUGUAAAUCUUCGACAUGUGCAGUGUAAUAUUGAGCUAUAACUGUUUUUUGACUCACAAAAUGUCUUUUAGUUUGCUAAUACAUGUUUGUCAAAGAUGCCGUAUGUGAGAUGAAUCUUUUGUUUGUUGUAAAAUCAUAUUAUCAUCUUUUUUUUUCUUCUGUUCAUGAAACGCAUAGGAAUUAUGAGGGGGUUGUCAUAUUUUAUUUUGCUCUGAGGGAUUACCUAAAAUUAACUAGUACAUCAGAAAGAGACCCACGUGCUAUUUUAAUUGCUUAAGAAUUCUUUAGUGCACUUAUGAUGUGUAUUCAGCAUGCAUUGAAAGGCACUGUUUAUUUCAAAUGUUGUCUUUAAAGUGGUCGAGGAGUUAACGGCCAACCAGUAGGAUGUCAUUAGAAAUGUUUUAGUUAAUUUUCCCCAAAACUAUGUUACCUUAUAUUCAAGUAUGUAUCAUCUCAUAUGAUGUAUCAACUUUUCUGUUUAUCUGUUUUAAAAUAAAAUAAAGUAUACAAAGGUA